GGUGAGACACUAGAUAAACUCAACUUCCUCUUUCAACAACAAAUGUGUCAGUUAUUAGCAGGAUCCAUGCUGCCAGAGUAAGCUUUUUACCCUUUGCUCCCUGCAAAGAAACAAGAGUGCUUAUCCCAGCUAAGCUCCAGGGAACUGUAAAUCCAUGGCUUACUUUGACGAAUAUACUGAAACAUUCAAGAUGCGCAGCAACAGUACCAGCACUGCUGAGACUUACUGCAAUGUCACUAAUGUGAAAUUUCAGUACUCCCUCUAUGCAACCACCUAUAUCCUCAUUUUCAUUCCUGGUAUUCUGGCUAACAGUGCAGCCUUGUGGGUUCUAUGCCGCUUCAUCAGCAACAAAAAUAAAGCCAUAAUUUUCAUGAUCAACCUCUCUGUGGCUGACCUUGCUCACGUAUUAUCUCUACCGCUCCGGAUUUACUAUUACAUCAGCCACCACUGGCCUUUCCAGAGAGCCCUUUGCCUGCUCUGCUUCUACCUAAAGUAUCUCAACAUGUAUGCCAGCAUUUGUUUCCUGACGUGCAUCAGUCUUCAGAGGUGUUUUUUUCUUCUCAAGCCCUUCAGGGCCAGAGACUGGAAACGUAGGUAUGAUAUGGGCAUCAGUGCUGCCAUCUGGAUCAUUGUGGGGACUGCCUGUUUGCCAUUUCCCAUCCUGAGAAGCACAGACUUAGAGAACAACAACAAGUCCUGUUUUGCUGAUCUUGGAUACAAGCAAAUGAAUGCAGUUGCAUUGGUCGGGAUGAUUACAGUUGCUGAGCUUGCAGGAUUUGUGAUCCCAGUCAUCAUCAUCGCAUGGUGUACCUGGAAAACUACUAUAUCCUUGAGACAGCCACCAGUGGCUUUCCAAGGGAUCAGUGAGAGGCAAAAAGCAGUGCGGAUGGUGUUCAUGUGUGCUGCAGUCUUUUUCAUUUGCUUCACUCCUUAUCAUAUUAACUUCAUUUUUUACACCCUGGUAAAGGAAACCAUCAUUAGCAAUUGUCCCAUUGUCCAAAUGACACUGUAUUUCCACCCUUUUUGCCUGUGCCUUGCAAGUGUCUGCUGCCUUUUGGAUCCAAUUCUUUAUUACUUUAUGGCCUCAGAGUUUCGUGACCAACUAUCACGCCAUAGCAGUUCUGUGACCCGCUCCCGCCUCAUGAGCAGAGAGAGUGGUUCUUCAAUGAUUGGUUAAAAUUAAAAUGUCUCUUUAAUUAUAACUUUGUUUACCUACGUUCUUUGUCUUCUUUCAAAGGCCAGAAUUGCCAAUCAGUUUCUUUAUAUGGACCUUGUAAACAGCAGAAAGAAGUGUUUGCUUGUGUGAUAUUCAUAGUCACAGGGGUGUGAUGAUGAAGGCAGAGUGUGAAAAAUGUAAGAGAGGAAGAGAAAAUAGGUUUAUUUGCCUCCUCUUUGAAAUUCAAGACACUUUCUUAUUUAUGAAACCUAGAUCAAGUUUUUACAGAUAUAAAUAAAAGUCGAAUAGUUUCCCUUAAUUUUUUUCAAUAAGUUAUUGUUAAUAAUGCACAGUAAAUACAUGAAAUUUUCCUAGUAUGUAAAAAAUAACUGUCAUAUAAACACCUUUAUUUCUGAGUGAAAGUAAAAUGUCUAGUCUUUCUAACAGGUAAAUUUUUCUAACAGGAAAGACAGUGUGAAGAAUUGAAGCAGUAUGUGCAUACAUUUCAGAACCACAAACCUGUUACUAAAGAAAAGGCAUGGAAAUACGUUCAUUCCUUGAAAAUGUGUUGGAUGCCUGUUGUGCUCUGGGUUGUCACUUUGUUAGGUACUUCGUUUUUUUUUUUUCAUAUGUUGUUGGGGUACAGGUGGUAUUUGAUUUUAUGAGUAAGUUAUAUAGUGGUGAUUUGUGAGAUUUGGGUGCAUCCAAUACUGGAGCAAUGUACACUGCACCAUAUUUGUAGUUUUCAAUCCCUCGUCACCCUCCCACUCUUCCACAUAUAACAUCUCAUCUGGCCCUCCUCAUAAACCUGUGUAAGUUGCCAAUACAAAUGAAUAAAUGGAGCCUCAGAGAGGUUAAGCAAUUUGUCUCAGGAUCAACAGUGGUUAGCCAAAAUUGGUCAAGUAUAAUACAUCACAAAUGCUUAUGUUAUUCCCUUGUUUUGUUGUUAUAUUUAUUAGGUCUAUAAUAAAUUAAUUCUCAAUGAUGAAGACUCAGACUAAAGCUAAACCAAUUGAGAUCCAGGGCAUUUCAACAUGAUUUGCCUGGAAUCUCUAAAAAAUCUGUAUGUUGUGGCUUUGGCAUGUCAAGCUUCAGGUUGCAAGGUCUUAAGUGGUAAAUGGAUGUGUUGUCUUAAUAUUGUUCUAAGAUACAGAAUCCUGAUGAUAAGGAGUAUAGAAACUCAAAUAAUUCAAUAUUUCUAAAAAAAUAUGUAUUUUAAGGCAUGAUACAGGUCGUACAAACCCCAUAAGUAGAUUUAAAAAAACCCCCUACAAAAUAGAGUGAUAAACAUUCUAUAAAAUGUUGAAAUGUGUUUGGAGUUCAUCUAAGCUUACUUUUCCUAAAUAAUACUAUAUAGUAUUGUACACAAAUUUAUUUUUGAAACGUUUAGGAAGAUUUCUGUGAGCAUUACUGACAAUAUCUCCAUUAGAAGCAAAAAGUAUUAUUACAUCAUAAAUACAAGAAAAGUAUAUGUGCUCUUUCUGGCAGUCUUUUUAUCUUUUUUUUUUUUUUCAAAUGUUAUGGGUGUUGUUUCAGCAUCAUUUUAAAAAAUUUGAAUACAAACAAUCCCUCAGAUUAUCAGGUUGAAAUGUAUGAAGCUCACCUCAUCACUCUUAUCUUUUAUGUCUUCAAUAUAAAUAACAUAGACAUUUGUUGUGCAAGGAGGAAAAAGGAAAUAGUAGUUCUGAGAAUAUUCAUUUGAAUAGAGUGGCUGUGGAAGAAUGAAUAACAAAAAGAGAGAUUUUUUUUAAAGAUCUCUCACUGGGAAAAGAAAGAGUUAUGCAAUUAUAAAGUAAUCAAACUGGUUUUUCUUGUACUUUAUUAAUCUGAAUCUAAUGACACUUCCUUAGGAGGGUUUCCAGAUGUGCUUGUAGUUAAUGGCAACAUUAUCAUACUGACUACAUAGACAGGCCUAUUCUAAGGAGAUGACUUUGGAAAAAACCUAUUUGGAACUCCACAUUCUGCUACGUCUGUGGAGAAAUGGAACCCCAGUUCUUAAGAGUCACACUUUAUAUUCCCUACUUUCAAGUGGUUGACAAAAGGUCGUGCUUGAAGCACAAGUUGUAUGGAAUAGUGAGCCAAUUAAACAACAUGCUUUUUUUUUUAACUACCAUUUAAUUGGAAUCUUUGAGCUUUUUCUGACAUGUGAAUUGCAAUGUAGUGAGAGAGAAAAACGUAAAACCAUUCGAGAAAUUGACAAUCAGUUCUUUAAUUUUAAAGGGGAUAUCUUACAUAAUGCCAAAAGAAAAGGUGACCGUGCUUCAGCUGAUGAUAUAGCAGUGCAAGAAAUCAGUGAAAUUGCUUUAAGGUAUUACAAUAAACAACAAUUUAAAAAAUUAUUCCUAUGCUUGUCACAAUGACAUAAUUUGAGCCAAACAAAACAUCAAAACAUAUAUCCUUUAAUUAGUUUUUCAAAAAGUCAAAACUAAAGCUAAACAUUGCCCCCCAAAUCUCUGCAAGGCACUUAGCAAAAUCCACACAGAAUCCAUUCAGAAUCUCAUAAUGCUAAUUUUACUGAUGAAACACUGUUUAAACUUCUGAUAGUUUUGGUAAAAAUGGGAAGGAAUUCAGUAAAAAUGGGAGAAAACAUAACCUUUGUAACAAUUUAUGUGAGCUUAAAUGCCAUUUAUGCAUAAUCAGAUAUGCUGUUUCUCUUUACAUUUUAAAAUAACUUAAAGAGGGUUAUUGGUUAGCCAGGCAUGGUGGUGUGCAACUGUAGUCCCAUCUACUUGGGAAGUUGAGGUGGGAGAACCACUUGAACCCGGGAGAUGAUGUCAGUGAGCUGAGACUGUACCACUGCACUACAUCCUGGGUGACACAGCAAGACUCCAUCUCAAAAAAAAUAAGUGUUAUUGGAUUUUUUGUAACUCAAAGGACAAAUGCCUGAAGGGAUGGAUGCCUCAUUCUCUAUGCUGAGCUUAUUUCACACUGCAUGUCUGUAUCAAAACAUCUCAUGUACCCCAUAAACAUAUACACCUACUAUGCACCCACAAAAUAAAAUACAAAAGCUUUAAAUACUACCACAGAUUAUAGGUAUAGCAUUUGCCACUUAUCAAAUGAAUUACCAUUAUAAAGUAGGUAUUCUGAAGACUGUACAAGAAUUAUAGUGCCAGCUUCUGCUUCUUGCGAGACCCUCGGGAAGCUUAUAAUUAUGAUGGAAGGUGAAUAGAGAGCAGGCAUGUCACAUUGUAAGAGAGGCAGCAAGAGAGAGUGAAGAAAAAGGUGCUACACUCUUUUAAACAAACAUCUUGCAUGAAAUCAUAGAGUGAGAACCCACUUAUUACCUUGAAGACAGAUCAAGUCAUUCAUGAGGAAUCUGCUCCAUGAACCAAACACCUCCCUGCAUGCCCACCUCCACCAUUAGAGGUCACAUUUCAGCAUGAGUUUUAAAGAGGAUGAAACAUUUCUACAAUAUCAGCACUAAAUACAGAGGAAGAGUAAGCCUUCUUAUUGGAAAUCCUUCUGUGUUAGGGGUGGAAAGAGAAAAAAGCUAAGGAGUGCCUAGUACUGAGUAACAUAGCUUGGCUAGAAAUAUAGAAAGGAGCAGUAAUUAACAAGGCUGUAAACGUUAGAAGUUUAGAAUAUAAAGGGCCUUAAAUGUCAGGUAUAUAAUUUGUACUUUUGUGUGGUGAGGUGAGGCAAGAUGGAUCAUAAAAAUAGUGGAGAUAAAAAAGCUUAUACAGAUCUUGAGAAACAAUGAUAUGGCAUGGCAUAAUAACACGGGCAAAAGCCUGCUGGCAAGUAAACACUAUUGCUUACUCCUUCAUUUUGAGAUUUGGAUUAUCUAGAUGAUUUCACAGACAUACACAUGAAUUAUAAGAAACGUACAACAGGAAUAGCUGUCAUUUAUUGAAUCCAACUAUUUG